AUGGAGAGCGAAACCACGCAUAGGAUUCGCUCUCGCAGAGCACAUCAGAAGUCUCGGCUCGGUUGCAAAAAUUGUAAGAGACGGCGUGUAAAAUGUGACGAGAAGAAGCCAUCCUGCACCAAUUGCUUGCACCACUCCAUUGACUGCGACUUCUCGAGAUCCACUCCGACAUCCCUAUCACCAUCAGCGCCGGCUGCCUCACCAGCCCGUCAUCGGUACCGCUUCAAGGAAUCCAAGUAUCAGUCUCUCGCAUCAUCGUCACCCAAUGAAGGGGGCCAGAACGCCGACACGAACUCCGUCGCCGUCCAAUGUAAUCUUUCAGCCAGCGACAGUAGUGCGAGAGGGAUUUCAUUUGCGGAUCUUGAACUCUUUCAUCACUAUACUACGUCGACCUAUCGUACGUUAUCGGAAGAGUCGAUAGAUUCACAUCGAGUGUGGCUCAUUCACCUCCCGCAAUGGGGUAUUUCUUUUCCAUCAAUUCUUCAUUUACUCCUGGCCUUGGCAGCUCUGCAUCUUUGUCAUCAGCAACCAGACCUGCGACGCCAGUAUGUAAUGCAAGCAGAUGACCAUUUUACAUUUGGAGUCCGAUCUGUUACUGCCGUUUUAUCGCAGCUCAACUCCGAGAACUGCCAACUGAUAUAUAUGUCGGCCGUUCUAAUCUCCCUGGUGUAUUUCGGACACGGUCCCCGCUCUGGUGAAUAUCUUGUUUUCAGCGACCAAGGAAGAGCUGAAUGGCUAGUCCUCAUGCGAGGGGUUCGCUCCAUACUGUCAUCGAAGCGUGAUGAGAUCUUCUCGGGUAUACUCGAGCCUCAGUCGGACGAUAGCAUUCAACAUGUCACCUCCGAACUACAGGCUGAAUUGCUCAAACAUUGUACUCACAUUGCCGAAUUGAAAGCUUUGAUCGACGCGCAGGCCGUUGGCUCCAACAGGGACUUGUUCAUCCACGCUGUCAACGCCCUGCCGGAAACGUUUGAGGAAGUCUACAAGAUGCGAAGCGCCGGACGAGACGGUGUAGCUUUGUUGCCGAUGGUUAUAGGUUGGAUAUACCGACGACCAGAGCCGUUUGUCGUACUUCUGGAGGAAAAGGAACCGCUAGCGCUCCUUAUAUUGGCUUACUGGAGUAUUUUAUUAAAAUAUAUGACCACGUCUUGGCUUUUUAUCGGCUGGGAUGAGCAUGUUAUCAAGGGCAUUCGGUCGUCUUUGAACGAAGAGUUUCUUGAAUGGAUUCAAUGGCCGGAAGCCGUGAUCAGACCACGCGGCUAGUAGCUUAUCGUUGUAAUAGCGCAGAUAAGCUUUCUUGCGACUGUUCUACCUUUAGUGUUAGACUAGGUAGCCGGACCCUAGAUGCGUCAUGCAUGCAGAUAUGAGGCAAUAACCACUUUGAUAAGGCACUAAUCUUAUUUACUGUUGGAUCUAAUCCCCGUCGGGUACGGCUCACAAUGUGACUCUGAUUAUCACCACAAAUCUUCCUUACCGGAGCUUUGUUGU